AUGUUGGAUUUUGCAAGAAGAUCCUUCGCCACAGAAUCCGUUCAAUGUUGGCCUGACAUUCAACGUUUCAAGAAAACCAAACGCUCAAACCGAAAGACAGCUGCCAUGCACAUUUUGAAUGCUUAUCUGACAUUGGGAGCUCCUUUAGAAUUGAACAUGCCACACAUUGAAGAAAAGAAACAAGAAUUAUUACCUUUCAUUGAGAACGAAUCAAAAAAUAAUCCAAUUCCACACCAUUUAUUCGACUCGAUUCAAGAUCAUUGUUUGAAUGAUAUGGCAGAUUUAUUUGAGCGAUUGAAACAAUCAAAUUCAGAAAUUUAUGAACUCGUUCAAAGUUAUUCUCAACGAAAGAAAAAAAUUGACAAUCACAUUGACAACAAUCAUAACGACAACAAACAAAAGCCCUCCACGAAUGAUCACUGCCAAAUGUGA